UAUGCAGUGGCUACUAGCUACUACGAUUACUAAGUAGUCUUUAGUGGCACAGUGGCUUUGUUUGGUAGUACCCGCCUAAUCAAAUUUGUGGCGGUGUUUCCCAUCCUAACAAUGGGAAUUACUCUCCCAGAUUCCGGUCUCCUCUAGAUCUUCUCAACUUCAACAACGUCAUUCUUUAACCCGAAAUCAGCACCCCAACUCGUCAAAUACCUCUCGAUCUGAAUUUCUUCUUGACAAUCACGACCGCUGUUGAUUUCCGAUCAUCUGCAAAAAAUUGCAAAACGUCUGAGGCCCUAUUGUGCCCCACUGUCGUGUUUUGCCACCGCCAUCGCCAUCGCGGUUAAAAAUUGACGACGCGCACAUCGCAUUCGCCCUAUCCUACCUUGAUAACCUUUGUCCAACAUUUCUUGCAUUAACCCAGAGCUCUACGACCUACGUCGCGAUCCAUUCUAAUUCAUCAUGGCUGUCGAGGUAGUCAUGAACACGCCGUUGGCGGACGCGCUUAACAUGGCCAUCCAGCCAAAGCUGGUCGAAGUAGGAUGGGCAUCGGGCGGCGCUGAUGAUGGCGCGUUAUCCGAAUAUAUCAUCUUGAUGCUGGUCAAUAAGAAGACACAAGAUCAGAUCGCCGCCGAAUUAGCUGGAGAUCUUCUAAGCCUUGGUCCCGAUGAUCCCGGUGCUCGAGACUUUGCGAAGUGGCUCUUUGACGAGAUCGAGACCUUAAACGCUCAACUGAACGGAGGUUCGGGGCAAUUGGGAAAUGCCAAUGGAGAUGCUACGCAGAACGCCAUGCCUUCUGCAGACCAGGAUGCCGAUAUGACUAUGUCAGUCGAUGGCCCCGAGCUAAAUGCUCCCACAGGACCUAGAUCUAUGAGGAAUGGCGCUGCGCGAGGCGGCCGAGAAAAGAGGAUGCUCGGUCAAAUGACCAAAGCUAUGGACCGUAGCCAUGAUAACGUCUUACAUCGUGUCCGAGCCAACGGCAAUGAACGUAUCAACACUCAUCGAACACCACCUACUGGACCGAGAGGCGGUUUCGGGCGCGGAAAUACUCGCAUGCCUAACAAUCGUGCUGCCGGAUUUGCUGCGCACCUUAACCAAGCCGUUGGAAAUAUGUCUCCUCAGAUGCAUGGACCUCCUCCCGCAAUGAAUGGCAUGAAUGACAUGAGCUGGAUGAUGCCUGGCGCUCAAGAUCAGCUGUUCCAGAUGAUCCAGCAACAGAAUCAGAUGAUGCAGCAAAUGCAGCAACAAUUGAACCAACAAAACCAGAAUGCGGGUGGCCGACCCCAUGGAAGGUCUCUCUUCGAUCGGGUGCAAAGCCCGCGAGGAGGUAGACGGGGAGGCCAUGCUAAUGGACACCGGCCGCAUCAGGUUGAUUCGGCUAGCUCUAACGGGGCUACAGGUGAUGAGGAUAUUGACAUGGCUCAAGCCAAACGCGACCCGCCCAAUCCUGAAACGACGGUUUGCAAGUACAACUUGUCCUGCACUAACAGAGAGUGCAAGUUUGCUCACCAAUCUCCGGCGGCACCACCUAAUACUACAGUCGACAUCUCGGACGUAUGCACAUACGGCGCAGCAUGUAAAAACCGCAAGUGCGUCGGCCGUCAUCCGUCCCCGGCGACCAAGCGAGCACACCAGAACGAACAAGAGUGCAAGUUCUUCCCUAAUUGUGCCAAUAUGAACUGUCCAUUCAAGCAUCCCGACAUGCCUCCUUGCCGAAAUGGAGGAGAUUGUGCCGUGGAAGGCUGCAAGUUUACACAUCUUCAGACGAUGUGCAAGUACUCACCUUGCACGAACCGAUUCUGCCCUUACAAACAUGAGGAGGGUCAACGCGGAACAUUCCAGGACAAGGUGUGGACAGCGGGUGGUGCUGGAGGUCAUGUCAGCGAACGCAAGUUCGUAGAUGGGGACGGUUUGGAGGAGCUUAUCGUGCCAGGCGGAGAGACGGGUGCGGCGCAAGAGGCAACGGCGAUGGAGGAAGGUGCUGCUUGAAGGAUUUCUCGAUAAGCAAGGAAUGAAUGGAGUUUACGAUGGUGUACUGAUGACACAAAGGGCGAGGAUGGAUCAGCGGUUCCUACGGAACGGAAUAAGGGGUUGUGAAGGGCUCACAAUUCUAGACUUGGUAUUGCUGCAGGCGUUAGGUCGGUGAUAGGAAAAGGAAACUCAAGGGAUUUCUCAAGGGACUUGAGCGACAAUAUACCCGAUGCAUUUUUUUGUGAUUUGCCAAAUGAAGGUAUCGACUUGAAUAACGCGUGCAGUGACUGUAUUUGGCAAUAGGAGGUAUACGUAUACCUUUGCUACUGGAUAAAUGUGGCCAUCAUGGAUAUCAUAGUGUGCUGACUUUUAUGCAGUGAGCUAUCUACGGACUACAUGUACCUAUGCAGUUAUGCGCCAUAUUCACUGCCCCAUUAUUUACCUAAUAUGUAUAGUCACAUAUGUUUCUGUACGUUGGUACUUGAGGAGGUCAAUAACAUCGCUU